UUGGAACGAUACAGAGAAGAUUAGCAUGGCCCCUGCGCAAGGAUGACACGCACAAAUCGAGAAAUGGUUGUUGCUUAUUUUGAUGGGUGUGGUCAACUCAUUUUGCUUUUUCACAGGUCUCUUUUGCAUCUCUUUCCCUGAUUUCUUUACAUUUUCACGCUUAGUCUGUUGUUUAUUUUGGUGGGUGUGAUCAAUAUGCUGUUAUACUUCAGCUGUAACAUUUGCUAUACGUGCUUUAUUAUUAGUGGGUGUGAUCCAUAUGCUGUUAUACUUGAGCUGUUGGCAUUUGCUAUACGUGCUUUAUUAUUCUUGAGUUGGUAAUAAAGAUGAAACUAUUUUUGUUCUUUGUUACUGUACUUGGGAGGCUAAAUUUUUCACCAAACUCCAGGAAUUUAGUACUUCAUUUUUAAAUUGGUGCUCCUACCUGAGCUUUGGAGGAACCCUUUCAAUCAUUCUACUCUUUUGCCUUUCUAAUUUCUAUGCUUCUGUUGCUAAGUUCAGCUAUGAUCAUUUUCAGGAUUAACAUGCUUGUUGCAAGACAUUUAUGAGAUGGGAAAACUGAAGCUUUUAACAUCUAUAUGGAGAAAUUAACUGGAUGUAGUUAGUGGAAAUACUAAAGCUUUCCCCAUCAAAAAAGAAAUUACUAUAUGGCGAGAAUAUCAGGCAUUGCUGAAUAACUGAUAAACUGAAUAAUGGUAGUUUAGAUUUAGUUAGAUCUGGAAGAGUUAGUCUUUUUAUAUUGAUUGAGGGGGUUAGUCAAUUCUGUGUUUAUCAUGCCAAAAAUUUUUGUUUUUGCUGGAUGUUAAAGGGCAUGGUUGAUCCAUACAUAGUGCAUGAUGUAUUCUUUUGUGACUGAUGCAGUAGGAUCGAUCUGAAGUGGUGCUAUGCAUUGUCAUUCAUUGUUAUUCACGUAUUCUUUAGCAUUGUCUGACGCUGAUUUGAGAAGAAGACUAUAAAAUAGAAAAGAGAUUGAAAAUGCUUUGGCGUAUAACGUAUUUUUUUUUCUUGAUCAAUAGAAAUUAGACAUAUGUCCUCUUAUUUUUUGGAAGUAUCGAAAUUAUUUAGUUCCUUCUCCAUGUGCAUUCUUGGCAGGCAAGGCAGGGCAGCUUCUUUUACUCAAACCCAUUAGGCACUAAUUAAUCAACAAGUUGAGCAAGUAAAUGAAGAAAUACGUGCGCUUGCUUUUCUUAAAUGUUAAUUUAACUGUCCAGUCUGAGUGGGCAAAUUCCAUUGUUCCAGCAAUCGCAAAACCUAACAAAACUAACUGUCAUCUGUCAAGACUUAAUGCAGUGAGUUGGCCAACUGCUAGACACAGAGACCAAUAACCUCUAAAACUUACACAAUCACCCUUUAUCAUACUGAGAAGCUAGAGAGCCUAAUUUGCACCCUUAGUAUUUUCCAGGGGUUGAAAUUACUCACCUACUAUGUUCAAACUUGGAGAAAUGGGCAUGACUAAAAAGUUGACAGAUUGCCUGCAAGCUUGCUAUAAAUCCAUGCCACAGUCUGCUAGUCCAUUAACACUCAAAAGGAGUAAGAUGGCAAAGCGAUGGCUGGUUUUUGCAGCAACAAUUGUUUUGGUAUUAGGAACCUUGGCUUCAGCUGCAACUACAUCUUCGGUCACAUUUGUUUUUGGGGAUUCAUUGGCAGAAGUUGGAAACAACAACCAUCUGCAGUAUUCUCUAGCAAGGUCUGAUUAUCCCUGGUAUGGGAUUGAUUAUACUGGCAAGCAGGCUACGGGAAGAUUCACAAACGGAAGAACCAUUGGCGAUAUCAUAUCUGAAAAGCUUGGGAGUUCAUCGCCACCACCUUAUCUUUCCUUGUUACAAAAUGAUGAUGCAAUUCUUAAUGGUGUUAAUUAUGCUUCUGGUGGAGCAGGAAUUCUCAAUGACACAGGGCUAUAUUUUAUUCAGAGAUUAACAUUUGAUGAUCAGAUAAAUUACUUUAAAAAGACAAAGGAAAUCAUCAGGGCUAAAAAAGGUGAAGAGGCUGCCAAUAAGCUUUGCAAUGAGGCCAUGUACUUCAUUGGAAUUGGCAGUAAUGACUAUGUAAACAAUUACUUGCAGCCUUUUCUGCCAGCUGGGCAGCAGUAUACACAUGAUGAAUUUGUUGAACUUUUGACUACAACUUUAGAGCAACAGCUUUUGAGGCUUUACCAACUUGGGGCGCGAAAGGUUUUGUACCAUGGCCUUGGACCAUUAGGCUGCAUUCCGUCUCAGAGAGUGAAAUCGCAAACAGGCCAAUGCUUGAAGAGAGUGAAUGAAUGGGUGAUGGAAUUCAACUCCCAAGUGCAAUACCUGAUAAAUUCUCUAAACAGACGCCUCCCGAAUGCACAGAUGAUUUUUGCUGAUACAUAUCCAGCAGUUCUUGACCUGAUCAACAACCCCUCAACCUAUGGUUUUAAGAUUUCUAAUACAUCAUGUUGCAACGUUGAUACAAGCAUUGGGGGUUUAUGCUUGCCAAACUCAAGAUUGUGCAAUGAACGCAAGGACUAUGUAUUUUGGGAUGCAUUCCAUCCAUCAGAUGCAGCAAAUGAAGUGCUGGCAGAGAAGUUGUUAUCCAGCUUAGCCUCUGCGUCUGCCCCUACUCCUGCCCUUGCACCAAAGCCACAUUGACUUAUUUCUCAAUCCAUUUUUACAUGCUAGGAAUUAGUUCAUAGUUUUCAAUCCGAUGGGUCCAUGUUAUCAUCCUCGCUGCUCAAAAAUGCAAAUGGAGUGAUUUGUUUUACCCACCAUAUAAGUUUUGUAACUUGUAGCUCGCAGCUUAUAUAAAUAAAUACCUUUCAAAUUUUCCAUUUAAAAAAAAAAAA